UGCAUAUAAAGUCUAGUUCUUUGUCUCUACUUCAACUUACUACUUAAAACGCUUCACUCUCUCUCUCUCUCUCUACAUGUCUAUAGAUACAGACCGACUUCUCUCUCUCUCUCUCUCUCUCUCUCUCUCUCUCUCUCUCUCUCUCUCUCUCUCUCUCUCUCUCUCUCUCUCUCUCUUAAGCUUUAUUUAUUCCACCAGAUCCAACCACUAAAUCCACCUUAUUAUAUAAAUAUAUAAAUAGACCAUCUCUAAACCCAAAUCCCCUCUUUGAUGAAAAUCACAGGUACUCUUUACCAAUAUAUUUCCACUCUCUCUCUACAUCCCAUGCAUGAAACUAUUCAAUUAAAUCUUCAAAACCUUUUGCCUCUUACAAAGGGAAACUAAACCAACUUCCAAUCCCAAAAUCAUAUAACCAAAAAUAAUUCAAUUUCCACUACACAAUUACUAUACGGAGAUUUUAUUUAACCGAACUAUAACCAAUGAUGUCCGCCGAUCCUGCUCCGGCGGCAGCCCCCACAAAAUCCGCUUCCUCCAAAGAUGAGAUCCACGGAACCAGCGCUGCAGGCAACCGGAAAAACUCCAGCGCAGCAAGGCCGGCGCCGGAGCAGCAAUCUCUCAAGUGCCCUCGGUGCGAUUCUCCCAACACAAAAUUCUGCUACUACAACAACUAUAGCCUCACUCAACCCAGACACUUCUGCAAGACUUGCCGGAGAUACUGGACUAAAGGCGGAGCCCUAAGAAACGUCCCCGUCGGCGGUGGUUGUAGAAAAAACAAGAAAGUUAAGUCUUCCUCCUCCCGUCUCUCUGGUUCCGGUUCUGGUGCCGACUCCAAAGACUAUUCCAGCUCACCAUCGACGUCGGAUUUUGGGUUGAAGUUCUUUCACGGAAUUUCUCCGGCCAUGGAUUUUCAGCUAAGCGGGCUUUCCUUCCCAAGAGUACUACAUCAUAACCCUUCAUCAGCUCAUGGAUUAAUCUAUAACAGUAACAGUAAUAAUACUAAUACUUUUGGAGACGUCAUCGUUUCACCUAACACUACUAGUUUCGACAAUAAUAGCAUUAAUCAUCUAUCUGGAACCUCAUCAUCAUCAAAUCCAUUGAUGAUGAGUAGUUUUAGUAAUUAUAAUCCCCUGUCGUUGGGUCCAGGUGGGUUCAGUGCACCCGCAGUUCAUACCAACCUAGCUUCUUCCAUCGAGUCUUUGAGUUCCAUUAACCAAGACCUUCACUGGAAACUACAGCAGCAGAGGCUGGCCACCAUGUUGUUCGGCGGGGAUCAGACUCAUCAGAAAGACGAAACUCUAGUUAAUAGCAACAAUAAUAAUGAUAAUGAUGAUAAUAAUAAUAAUAAUAAUAAUCCGGAGAAGCAGCCUCAUCAAUCUUCAUCUUCUGUGCCUCUUUUGUUUCAUAAUCUGGAGAUUUCAAGACAAGAAGAUCAUCAUCAUCAUCAUCAUCAUCAUCAGCCACCGAGAAAGGAUCAAGUUGUAAUUUCGACCGGGAAUGAUUCCGCAACAGCCACCGGUAUGGAGUGGUUUUUUGGUAAUUCUAAUUACGGACAGCCGCAGCAGCCGCCAGUAGUACCGCAGCAGUUUCAGGUGAGCACUGUGACGCCGAGUAACAGUGGUAGUACUAAUAAUAUUGGGCAUGAUCAUCAGAAUGGGAAUACUACUACUUGGAUUAAUAGUAGUAAUGGAAAUCAAACAUGGAGUACUAGUGAUCACUUUGCAGCUAUUUAGUUGGCUUUAAUAUAAUUUGCCCCUAUAGCAAAUGAUCAAGAGGUAUAGCUAGAGUUCUUACUAAAGAGAAGGAAAAAAGAAACAUAGAAAUUCAUAUUAUUGAAUUAUAUGCUAAAAUUAUGUAUAACACCUUUCAUUUAGCCAGGAACAUGUUUAUUAUUAAUCGUUAAUGGUUUUUUCUUAUAUUUUUUUUUUUUAUUAAUUCCAUGGCUGCGUAAUCAUAUUCAAAAUGUACAAGUAAUUCGUAACAGCUAGCAAAGAAAACAGCGUUUUGCCCUAAAAUGAGCAGUACUACUCGUGUUAAAUUAUAUCUUCAUCAAUAAUAUAUUUUUUGGGAUAUCAACAGUUUUUUUAUUAUUUUA